AUGGAGGGUCAGGGAGAAAAUGACGAGCUCUACCCUAUCGCUGUUCUUAUCGAUGAGCUAAAGCACGAUGAUGUCCUCCUCCGCCUCAAUGCAAUUCACCGCCUCUCAACUAUUGCAUUAGCUCUGGGGCCCGAACGGACCCGUGAUGAGCUGGUCCCUUUCCUCGAUGACUCUGUCGAGGACGAAGAUGAAGUUUUGACCGCAUUAAGCGAAGAACUCGGUUCGUUCUUAGAGUAUGUCGGUGGCCCGGAAUAUGGCCACGUUCUACUCUCCCCUCUGGAGAAUCUAGCGGCCAUCGAAGAGCCGCUGGCUGUUGAGUCCCUCAACAAGAUCGGCGAGCAGCUCUCCGAAAAGCAGAUCGAAGAAUAUUUUGUCCCAAUGGUACAGCGCUUGUCGAAAGCCGACUGGUUCACUUCGAAAGUGUCUGCGACGGGCCUUUACUGCGUUCCUUAUAAGAAAUCCUCCUCUUCCCUGCAACAGACCUUGCGCCAAUUUUUCGCCGGCCUCGUACGCGAUGAAACCCCAAUGGUUAGACGUUCAGCAGGCAACAAUCUCGCGAAGUUCGUGAAGGAGAUGACGACUCCGAUUGUCAUCGAUGAAAUGAUACCCCUCUUCCAAUACUUGGCUGGUGAUGACCAGGACAGCGUGCGUCUACUCACUGUGGAUAUCCUCAUUGCCAUUGCGGAAGAAAUACCCAAGGAGCAGCAACCCAGCCACGGCGUGCUGUUGACAUCCUUGCGGAGUCUGUUCGAAGAUAAGAGCUGGAGGGUCAGAUACAUGGUCGCCGACAGAUAUGAGAAGAUUGCCAAAGCCGUGCAUGAAGAAGUUGUUACCCGAGACAUGGUGCCAUCAUUCGUUAAACUUCUCAAAGAUACCGAGGCCGAAGUCCGCACUGCUGUUGCCGGACAGAUCCCAGGAUUCUGUUCCUUGAUUGACCGGGAAACCUUGCUUAAUGAGAUCAUGACCAGCGUGGAAGAUCUUGUCUCAGAUCCGUCUCAACAUGUGCGUGCGGCCCUGGGAACCCAAAUUAGUGGGCUUGCGCCUAUUCUUGGGAAGGAAGAGACCAUCUCCCAUCUUCUGCCCAUGUUCCUCCAGAUGCUCAAAGAUGAGUUCCCAGAUGUGCGACUCCACAUCAUCUCUAAGCUAGAGUUGGUUAACAAUGUUAUCGGCAUCGAACUCCUAUCUCAAUCCCUUCUUCCCGCCAUCGUACAAUUGGCUGAAGACAAGCAAUGGCGAGUCCGUCUAGCCAUUAUUGAAUACAUUCCUCUCCUUGCCAGCCAGCUGGGUGUGAACUUCUUCGACGAACAACUCAGCGAUCUCUGCAUGGGCUGGCUUGGUGACACUGUUUUCUCUAUCCGAGAGGCUGCCACGCAAAACCUGAGGAAGUUGACGGAGGUAUUCGGUGUUGACUGGGCCAAGGGGUCCAUCAUUCCAAAAGUCAUGGCCAUGGGCCAACAUCCUAACUACCUCUACAGAAUGACGACGUGUUUCGCGAUCUCUACGCUAGCGCCCGUUGUUACUUUGGAAAUCAUCGAAAACUCAGUGCUCCCCAUCCUUGAGCGACUUACUUCAGACGAUAUUCCCAACAUUCGGUUCAAUGUCGCCAAGUCAUAUGCCGUCCUGAUCGACACACUGCGACGACUUCCCGCUCAAGGCACCCUGGCCGAGCUUGAGAAGGAGGGCAAGACCGAGGCUCCUUCGCCCAAGGGUCAAGAGCUUAUCCAGCAGAGUGUUCUCCCAAGCCUGGAGAAACUCCAAGCCGAUGAUGACGUUGAUGUUCGGUACUUUGCAACAACUGCCGCUGGCGGCCACGAGGAGGUUAUGCAAACCUCACCGUAG